AUGUCCAAUAUCACUGACCUUGAGACCUACAGCAGCGACCUUGCAGCUGCCGUCAAGACCCUUGUCUCACAGUCCCAGAGUCUCGUCUCCUCCGGCUCUCAACCACUUCUUCCCCCAGACGCUCCCAGCGAAGCCCACCGGGCACGACAAUCGAUUCUAACGACAACCACCAGACUACAGACUCUACUCUCCAGUCCCGCGGACUUCCUCCAUCAUCUCACCGUCCAGAACCAGCUGCUCGCAUGUCUCCAAUGGCUGGGAGAAUUCCAACUCCUCGCCUGCAUCCCCCUCAGCGGCAGCGUUCCCAUCAAAGACGUCGCGGAUCUGGCUGGUGUUCCUGAGGCUCAUGUAUCGCGCAUUGUUCGGAUGACAGCAACGGCCGGUUUCCUGCAGGAGCCUCAGCCCGGCCAGGUUGCACACAGCGCGCUUUCCGCUCCCUUCGUGACCAAGCCGUCUUACCUCGACGCCGUGAUGUUUCUCGCCGGCACAGUUGCUCCAGCCGCUCUACAGAUGCCCACUGCAACUCAGCGCUUCGGGUCGUCUCUGCGUCCAAACGAAACAGCCUAUAAUCUUGCUUUCAACAAUCCAGCCACCUUUGCUAGCACUUGUGAGCAGCGUCCCAAGCUCCAGCGGCAAUGGCCUGCGUUCCUGCGUUACGGAACGAACGACAUCGACGAUCGCACAACAGACCUACUAGCUAGACUAGACCAUUUCCGCCGAGGCAACAUAUCAGUCGUCGAAGUAGGCGCCUGCUCAAUCGACCGCGCAACAAUCCUCACAAACCUUUACCCUUCCCUACACAUCACGGUCCAAAUUGCAGCCCCAACGACAGGACCUAACAGUUGGUCUUCACACCCCCCAACCCCCUGCUCCAAGCACGACGACCUGCGUCCGCUGAGCUCUAGCCAUGCCAACAAAAGUAACACUGCCACAAGCAGCAGCAGCAGCAGCUCCUCCUCCUCUUCAAGCCCCAACAUAACAAUCCAACAACGAACCCCAACAACCACUCAACCCGUAUUCGAUGCCUCCGUCUACAUCCUACACCUUCCAUCCCCAUCACCUACCAUCCCACUCGGCUCCCUCGCCCCGCGUAUCAUGUCUGAGCUCCGCGCACACCUCGACGUCCUCCGCGCCAACCCCGCUGCAACGCUCAUCCUAACCCCGCGCCUGCUCCCGGACCCGGCGGCCGUGAACGCGGACACUGAGGCGUCUGCAAGAUUACGGGACUUGUCUCUACUGCAGCUGGCUAAUGAGCGGGAGCUGGACCUUUCCGAGCUGAUGAAUAUGUUGAAUGGUGUGAGUGAUAGUAUGGGGAGGUUGGUUGUUGUUAACAAGAUAAAAUCGAGGGAGAGUGUGGUGGUUGUGCUGGAGGUUCGGUAUCAGGUAUAUAAUCGGUGA